UCCUAGGCCUCUCUGGGAGUCUGCAUAAAAUCACAACUUGUCCAAAGACUCAGCUCAACCCUGCUGCAGCCAGUCUGAGAAGACCAGCACCAGCCACAGCACCAGCACCAUGCCUAUGAUACUGGGAUACUGGAAUGUCCGCGGUCUGACACAACCCAUCCGCAUGCUCCUGGAGUACACAGACUCAAGCUAUGAGGAGAAGAAAUACACCAUGGGGGACGCUCCUGAUUAUGAACAAAGCCAGUGGCUGAGUGAGAAAUUCAAGCUGGGCCUGGACUUUCCCAACCUGCCCUACUUAAUUGAUGGGUCACACAAGAUCACCCAGAGCAACGCCAUCAUGCGCUACAUUGCCCGCAAGCACAAUCUGUAUGGAGAGACAGAGGAGGAGAGGAUUCGUGCCGACAUUGUGGAGAACCAGGUUAUGGACAACCGCAUGCAGCUCAUCAGGCUCUGUUACAACCCUGACUUUGAGAAGCUAAAGCCAGAGUUCUUGAAGACCAUCCCCGAGAAGAUAAAGCUCUAUUCUGAGUUCCUGGGCAAGCGGCCCUGGUGUGCAGGGAACAAGAUCACCUAUGUGGAUUUCCUCGUUUAUGACAUCCUUGACCAGCACCGUAUAUUUCAGCCCCACUGCCUGGAUGCCUUCCCAAACCUGAACGACUUCAUGGUUCGCUUUGAGGGCCUGAAGAAGAUCUCUGACUACAUGAAAAGCAGCCGCUUUAUAUACAAACCAUUUUAUGUAAAGCUGGCCUUUUGGAACCCAAAAUAGGACUACAAAGCUCAGACCCACAAGAAUAUUCAUGACCACCCUGCUGGCUCAGGCCCUUGGGCAUGGCUCUGUGUCCCCACCAAAUGUUUUCUUCUUUCUAUUCCCUAUUCCUCCACUUCUUCUCACAAGCCCCUUCCUUCAGUCAAGCCUCGGAUCCUUGGACUCCCCAUUUCUUCCUCAGUCUCCUGCUCCUAUUCCUUUUUCCUGCCCUGCAUCCAGCCAUCCCUCACUGCUGAUUGGAGGAAUGGGCCUGCCAUGGUCCAUGGCAUAUGACAGCAGAUGAUAACUGAUAUUCAUGAGGUCAAUGAGAUGAAGAACUCUCUGAUGGAGGAAACUCUUCAACAAAGGCUUCCAGGGCCACUGCCUAUGAAUGACUCUUUUGCUUCUGUCUGUACUCUUUCUCAUAUGCCACUACAUUUCUCCCCUAAAAACAGCUAUCAGUAUUUCCCCCACUGCCUGUGUGUUUAUCUUGUGAAUAUAUUCCAUCUACUGGAUAUAUAUAUAUAUCUGUGGAUGGUCAAGAAGAUGAUUUCUUCUUAAGCUGUAUAAUUUUGGUGAAUAGAAAUAAUGCUAGGAUACUUUCAUAGCUCAGGUUGACAUAGGAAAGUAACAGUAUUCUCGGGUACAAAGAUACCUUAUUACACAAUUAGCUGAUUUAAGACCUCAAAGCAAAUUCAAAGUAAACGAGUUGCCCCUGGAAAUGAAUGCACAAGGACAAAUUCUCAAGUGUCUGUUGAACCAAGGUCAGGCACAAAGCGACUUUAGUAGACAUAACAUUCUCUUUAGCCUUUGAUUAUUUUGUACAAACUCCAAAUCUAAGUUUUAUGAUACAAGACUCAAGGUUCAGCCAACUGUUUAUGUUUAGAUCCUGGGAUGCUUUUAAGGUUACUGUCUCUCCAGGAGGUGCUGAAGCAUUCAGUGUUAGGUGGCUCCCACCUGGUCACCAAGGAGCUGGCUGACAGUUAAGCAUUGUCAUGGUAACUCACUUCCAGCCGGUCAGUGUGAUGUCCCAAGUCUGAGAGAAACUGUGUGAUUUCUCAUGUGUUAUCAGAAUGGCUUUUCUUCUUAUUGUUUACUCAAGAAAUGUGUUGUGACCCUCAAAAUGCAACUCAUAUUUUGUCUAGAGUUUUUUGUUGGAGAGAGAUGUAGCUAUGUAGAGACAAAGAGAUUGUCAGAAGAAAAAGAUUUUUCAAGAUGAAAUAAAAGAGAAAGUUACCAUCAGAA